GGAUCGGGAGGUAUCUACUGUGUUAUUAGUUUGAAGGAUAAAAGCAAACGUAGCAUUGUGGUUGAAAAUCAGGAAAAGGUUGGUGGCCAUUCUGUAGCCUACAUCGACCCCGCCACUAGCUCUACAAUCAACAUGGGUAUCCGCAUCCUUUAUAACAGCGUUGUUAAUGAUCACAUGUCAUGA